CAAGAAGCAAGCAAGCAAACUAGCUAGCUAAAUGGCGCCGAUUCACAGCUCACGCCGCCUCGACGGCACACUGCUUGCACUUCUGCUCGUGCUCGUGGCCGCCACCGCCUUUGUCAGCGCUGCCGCGGCGCGAGGGGACGCGCUGGCCGCCCGGCAUGAGCGGUGGAUGGCCAAGUACGGGCGCGUGUACACGGACGCUGCCGAGAAAUUGCGCCGGCAGGAGGUGUUCGCGGCCAACGCGCGGCACAUAGAUGCUGUCAACAGGGCAGGCAAUCGGACGUACACUCUCGGGCUCAACCAGUUCUCCGACCUCACCAACGAAGAGUUCGUGGAGAAGCAGCUCGGGUACCGUCACCGGCGCGGCGAGGAAAGCACGCCGGUGGCCGCUGUGAACAUGUCCAUGGCUCAGUUCCAGUCCACGCCGGACAGCGUGGAUUGGAGGGCCCAGGGCGCCGUCACCCAAAUCAAGGACCAAGGCGCCAACUGCGGUUGCUGCUGGGCGUUCGCGGCGGUGGCGGCGACGGAGGGGCUCGUAAAGAUCGCCACCGGCAACCUCAUCUCCAUGUCAGAGCAGCAGGUGCUCGACUGCACCGGCGGCCCCAGCACCUGCCAGAGCGGCUACAUCAACGACGCCUUAAGCUACAUCGCCAAGAGCGGCGGCCUGCAGCAGGAGGCAGCCUACGCGUAUAUCGGCCAGCAGGGCGCGUGCCGCGGCGGCGACGUCAGCCCAAAUUCAGCCGCCGCCGUCGGCGCACCCCAGUUGGUGAGCCUGAACGGCGACGAGGGCGCGUUGCAGGAGCUCGUGGCCAGCCAACCGGUGGCCGUGAGCGUGGAGGCCGACCUUGACUUCCACCACUACAUGAGCGGCGUGUACACCGGCAGCUCGUCGUGCGGGCAGAACCUGAACCACUUCGUGACGGUGGUGGGCUACGGGACGGACGGCGGCGGGCAGGAGUAUUGGUUGGUGAAGAACCAGUGGGGGACGACGUGGGGCGAGGGGGGCUACAUGCGCCUCACCCGCGGGAACGGCGGCAACUGCGGCAUGGCCACCUACGCCUACUACCCGACCAUGGACAACUCUUAAACACCAGUACUACUUCAUCAGUCAGUCCGUGCAUCAUCAAGUAUGGUUUAUCAGCUAAGCUUUACGUACAAUACCUGAAUACCAUGCAGCUGCAGACUGCAGUACACGACGUAUAUACGGAUUUGUUUUGAAUAAAGCAUGGAUCCUCGUACAAAUGAUUCAUUUGCCCAUGUAAUACACCACAAAGUUGUAA